UAUGGUUUUCAUAAAGUACCUCAUCUCAAUCAAGGCGUUUUGCAAGGUGAAAUACCCGAAACAGAGAUGUUGGAAUUCACUAAUCCUCAUUUUCAGAGGGGCCAACCGGAUAUGCUAUGCCUCAUUCAACGGAAAAAAACUGCACCUGAACCUACUCCGGCUACAGCGCAAGCUGAGGGCGCCGACCCUGCUCAGCAGAGUACAUCUACUCACCCAUCUCUAGACUUGGCAGCUGUAUUAUCCGAGAUCACUGCUAUCAGGAAACAUCAAGCUUUACUUUCGACUGACUUGAAGAAUCUACAAAGCUCAAAUGCUCAUCUUUGGCAGGAGGCCAUCGCUAGUCGAGAACGAAAUAAAAAGUGUCAAGAGACAAUCAACAAGAUU